AUGAACGUGCGCGGGGCGGCCGGGGCCGGGGGCGGCGGCGGUGGCGGCGACGGAUCGCCCUGCGGUGACAUGUAUUCGGCCGCCCUGCUGGACGUAGGCCGGAAAAUGUUGGCCAUGGACGGGCUGCGGCCCGCGAUCAGGACGGGCCCGUCGCCGGUCGCGCACAACGGCCGGUACUGGACGCCGGACCGGCGCCGGGAGAACGCCGAGACUGUCCGGUACAUCCGGUGUCUGGUGCAGACGUGCGAGGCCAUCAAGCCGUGGACGGCCGGUGACCGCGGUGACCGGUCGUCGUCGCAGCCGCGCGCCAAAGUCACGAUGGACCAGCUGCCCCGGAUAAUGCAAAAGGUAUGGGUGCAAUUUAUUAUGCUCUUUGGUUUUAAAUUCUAUUCGGAUUCGAUCGAGUACACGGAAUAACGUGAGUACAGUUCCGAUACGAAAUUUAAAAAAAAAUACAUUGAAAAUCGCCUUUGACGUUUCAGCAGACGUCUUUAACGAUACGAUGGUUUUUUUUUUUAAAAAAAAUAUAAUAAAAAAAACAAACGGACAUACUUCGCACAAUGGGCGGGCCAUCGUUGUAGGUGAGAAGUGGGAUAGGUCGAGGGCAAAUUUUUAUGUACAUCUGUGUGCAACGAUUAAUCGUCGCUAACGAAAAACGAUUCUGAGCGGAGUACGGUUAUACAUGAUUUGAAAGGUCGUAAUAAUUACGGUAUGAAAAUAAUAAACUUCGUACAUGACACACUAGUAAAUCGGAGCGGAGUUUCUGGUAUAAAAAUUGUCCGCAGAAAAAAAAUAAACAUCAUUCAUCACUCGGUACAGAAUCUAAAAUAAAUAAUUGAUUUUUAAUACAAAUAUUAUACCACUGUUAUUUAUUUAAUACGACGUGUUUGUACGCAUCCUGUUUUUUUGUGUAACAUUCAAUAAUAAUAUGAAAUAUAAUUAUUAAUAAAAACAAAAUUUGUUUUCUAUUGCUAAGCAGUGUAGUCGGACAAACUGAUCAACUGUAUUUAUUUGUUUAGACGACAGCUAAAGCAGCACACGAACGAAAACAAAUAGAAAAAUAUUAAUUUAAUGAAAAAAAAAAAAAUAAUAAUAAUAAUAAUAAUGUUAUACAGUCGUGAGCACGACGUAUUCCGCGCGAUCGGACGGAGUUUUCCGAAACAUAAGUGGAAAAUAUAAUAUUGAAAAACAGCGUAUUAGCAAAGACAACAGAGAUGUAGAUGUAGUUUAUCCGUGUCUUCGAUCGUAGACAAAACGAAAAGAAAUUGUCCGGAACGGUUUGGGCGUGCCACGGGGAGAGAGGACUUUUAAGCAGCAAGAACUGCAAUGGAAAUAAACGUGGGAGGAACGAAUUAUGGCGAGAGAUUUUAAAAUAGGCGGUUGGAUGCGAUUGAAAAUAAUACGAGAACAGCCCGCGGCGUGUGCGAGGCGGGAAAUCGGGUCAAUUGGAACGAGGGCGGGCUGAACAGUAGGGAUAAAGGCAACGAUGAAGAAGAAGAAGUCGAAGAAGACAUUAUCAAAGAUAACAAUAUUGUUAAGUAUAUUGAUGACAUGCGCGGCAUUGCAAAAUUGGAAAAAAAAACCCCGUAUAAUUUGGCCAUCGUGUCAAAAGGUCGUGUCGAUAAAACUGUAAUAAUAUUGCCGUACGAAACGCGCAUACCAGUCGCACGUCGAAAUGCCAACCGUUCGAAAUUGAAUUUUGCGCAUUGCGCCGGAAUAAAAUUAUUCGAUCACACAAAUUUGCCGAUUAAAUUUUCUUCGUGCGUAUUUCGCAUCGUUCUGCGCGCGACGGUAAAUCAAAUAAAACGUUGCAUUUUCAAACGCAAACCCUCCGUAUACUGUUUAUCAGCCGCAGUGUUCUAUGAGAGAAUAUCAUUUCGGUAAUGUUCAUUUUUUAAUGAAAUAUGUGGUCUGAGAGCCAUGUAGUCAUUUGAAAUUCAAAUGCGCGUACCGCAGCCAAAAACCAAAAACCGAAAAAAAAAAAAAAAAAAAUUACUGGCACACAUCGUCGUUGUAGCCAUGAUACGUAUAUAAUAAAUAUUAUUCGUAUCAUAAAUUUGGCAGCGAUAUUUCCACAAAAUAACCAUUCUUGUGCGGUAUUUUGAGCGAAACGCAACAUUUACCACGCGAGGUCUGAUCAAACAUUGUGUCGAGUGCGUCUUUAAAGCAAAAAUGUACAGCGAAUAGCCCGACCUCCAGUUAUACGUUAUAAUGGGUACACGGUCGAAUUUAGGUUUUUGUCGAUUUUAUAUAAAAUGAGCAUUAUACACGCCCGUUUUGGCCUUCCAGCUGUCCCGGCCGUCGUCGAUAAAUUAAAUUUGAAAAAAAUAAUAAUAAUACUGAAACUAGGUAAUCUGAAGCUCCGAAAAAAACAUCAAAAAAAAAAAAUUAGUGGCAGCAGGUGGCAGCAGCAUUUCGAUGCUAAGUCCAUCGUUAUUAUUAUUAUUUUUCAACUCUAGGACAAUGCGUUCGAGUGUACAUACAAAGACACGGGUUAUUAAAUUCAUAAAGCGUUCGCAUAAAAUACGUCAUACUUAAGGGGCUAAACUUAUUGUUUCGCCGCGUGUUUCCAUCUGUAGAGCGUUUUUAGGUAAUUCUAAUGAUUUACGCGCGUCUGAAACCGUAAGUAAUUAAAAAUAUUUGAUCGCGAAUUUUUAGUAUUCUUCUCCCGAACCAAUAAACCGUAAAUCUUGCCGUUUAUAAUUUAUGAUUUGCGUUUUUAUUUAUUGUUAUUCGGUCGCUCGAGAAAUAUGAAAUGCACCUAGAUUAAUUAUGUAUACACAGUAAAACUUUUAUCUCGCGAUUUCUGCCGUUAUUUUUGUUUUUUUUUUUUUUAAUGCGCGUUAUUGGGAGGAAAUUAACCGGGAAACAAGCGGCUGGGAAUAGUUGGGAAUAUUUUUCACUCGUUUCGCGUUACACAAAUCAAAAUUAUACCGUCCGAAAGAACGGAAAUAAGAUUACGUUUAUGGUUUGCGAGCAUCGUAAGGGUCCGACGAAUACAGAUCGAUAUGAUUAAUGAUAUUUACGAGGAAAAUCGCACGUAAAUUGAAACAACAUGCAAUGGUGUCUAGGGAGGUUCGGGGCUUUAAAACCUUCUUAACCUUAUAUGCGGUUAAAAAAGGCAACGGGAACGACGUACCCGGUGGCUACGCCACUGACGACGUGGUGUCAAAAGAGACUGGGAGGAGAAUACGUAUUAUGAACGCGGGACAGCUGUGGGCAGUGAAUUAAUGUUUGAUUUUUAAGGAAUCGGAUAUGAUAGUUGAACUGUUCAGGAUAAACCGAGCCGGAUGUGUUUGACUGGCUGAAUAACUAACUCGAGAGACGGCAAUGGCCGAGAACUUGACCGCGGAGAGACGACCAAUAGGCGACGGCGGAUUGACUAAUCGAGAAAUACUAAUUAACUGGUUGUAAUUAAAUACUGUUAAUUGCCGUCGCAAUUGACGCGGCGACCGGCGCACCGGAUAAAUAGGCUCGACAAUAAUGUAAUUACAGUACGAUUCCGAACAAUCGGAUGCCGCCGGAACGCAAUGAAAACAAUACGUGCCCCCGAAACGACGGGGGGAGGGGGGGGGGGAAACGUCGGCGUUUAUCACCCCCGUCCCGUUUUCGCGUUUCGGUCACGCCGUCCGCCGUGCUUUUUACGCGGCCGUUUCCCCCCCCCCUCGACCGCGGCAACAAACGAAACCCCGGAAUCUCGUGUAAAACGUUUUUUUUUUUUUUUUUUUUUAUAGCGAAAUUACAGCGAACUCUUGCCGCUCUUCGCCACCGCCACCGCCUCCUCGCCCGCCGCCGCCGUCGUACGCCUAUCGUAAUACCGCGCGGUCAGGCACACGUACACACGUGAUAUUGAAACGGCGAUAAUAACAACAACGUUAACGUUGCAAUACCGCGCGGCGAUCGCGUGCCCGGGGACGCGGCUGGCGCACCGGGGACCCGCGCCGCGAGCCGAGCGGAAAUUUCAAGGUCUCCCGGAGAGCCGACGCGAUCGCCCCGCCCCGCGCAACGCGUUUUCCGCGCAUAACAAUAAUAUAGUAAUAAUAAUAAUAUUAUUACCGUCAUCGCGCGGCCCGUGCCCGCGCCCCACUCCGUCCGGGCGGCCGAGCGCUUUCGAGUGUUGUCGCCCGCACGGCGCGCACGCGGCAAUACAUCACGCGCGCGCCCGUCCGUUCGCGUUCCGCCGGAGCCCCGGCGCGCCGGCCGGAAUGGCGUGCCGGAACCGGCCGCGUAAUCCGCGCGCACGAAAGCGGCCCGUAGACCCCGCGCCCGCGCCGCGCCGCGUCCGCGUUCGGGGUGGCUUUUUUUUUUUUUUUCGUUUCCCCCGUACACCGACCCCGUUACCGGCCGCUUUUCGCCGUCUGCGCUACGGUCGCGCCCGUGCGCUCAACGUUUUCGCUGUUUUCGGCCGUAAUACACGCGCACCGUGAUACGGGUAUACGAUUCGUCAAGUAUCGUUACGGCCGACGUACGUGCCGGAUUUUAUCUGAUCUGACGGCGAAACGUCGCUCGCGGGUAAAGCGAACCGGCGAGUAAUGCGGAACGGGGAAAAGGUCGACAAACGCUAACACAGACAGUUGCCACACAGAUACGAAUCGAACAAAUCUAUUUCUCCAUUAUCUCCUCAAACGUCCGUCCUGCAAAUACGGGUCACGCGCGUUAGCAACACCCUCGUAGCACCGGGCCUGUCCCGUUGGACAGCCAACAACCGGGCUACGCGGGACGCGUUUUGAGAACACCGCGCGCAUACCCCAAAGAUUACCGACAAAAUUCCCCCUAUACAUUAUCACCGUUCCCGUUAUUCAGAUAUAAGACACCCGAACAGUGGCGCGGAAGUGUGAUUGUGGCGUGCAUUCGAAAACCGGGCGGACUUCUCGUGGAUUUCCUAUUAUUUCAUUUGGGUCUGUUACAAGAACCGUUUGGGUGUCCCGGUGCUACACAAGGGUUUUAGCUCUCUCUUUCUCUCCCGCUCUCUUUUUGUUUUUUCUCUCUUCCGUUUAAUGUCGAUUGACACGAACACACGAUCUUUUGUACCGCGCGGUUUAAAACGUGGCCCGCGAAUCACUAUAAUCAACUAUUUAACUGGCAGUCUAAACCGAAUCGACCAAACGAGUUGAAACCCGCCGAGAACCGCAUAACAUUAUCACGAAUAGCCCUAACCGAUAAAUCGUCUCGUAUUGUCGUUUACGCCGUUGCAUUGCACCGCAGGUACUCGGCAACAGGAAUAUCCGGAACAACAGGGACCACAAGUUCGUCAACUACUGGACGCCCAGCGAUUUCGUCAGAGACUGUUUGUUUUGGCACAACUUCUACAGGCACUUUCACCGCUCGUCCGAAUUGGUUUUAAGCCCACAAGUGAGUCGAUCGCAGUCGUCGGUGCUGCGUACCUAUUAUUACCGUUAUAAUGUUAUUCCGGAGCGCCCCCCCUCCCCGACGUCGACUGCAGUUUUUAUUAUUGUUUAUUAUUCGACCUAGUCGGUCGGCUGUAAACACUGAAAAUGUAGGUACACGCCGUAACGUUUUUUAUUGCGUUCGAUCGUCGAAAUUAAACGAACCGCGCGGCAAAACAAAACGUCUAACGUCGUGACGCACGAACGUUUAUGCCGUUCGAGUAUAAUGCACAGUGGGAUGUUUUAAUAACAGCCGAUAACGUUGAAAUACAAUAUUACCGUAAUUGUAUACGUGUCUAAACCGAAUUGAUAAUAAUAUGCAAUGUCAAUCCGGAACGAUCGCGGGCGGGUGUCUAUUUGCACGGAAACCGAUUUCAAUGUGGAUCGGUUUGAAAUAAAAUGCUGCACGUGCGCUGUUAGACAAAGAAAGAAAAUAUCGGUAUUCAAUCUCUUCGAAUCUUAUUGUGUACAACGGCAAAAGUGACAAUUUUUUUUUUUAUUAACAUUCGAAAUAUGAAAAUAAAAUUGGUUCCGUUCGAUCAUUAUCUGUACGGAGUGUUGUAUAGGCAACUUUUUUUACUUUUUAUCGUUUUUUUUUUUUUAAUAAUAAUUUUAAUAUAAGCCUGCAAUAACGUACUUCGGAUUUUCUUCUGAGGAGUGAUAAUCGAAUAAUAAAAAAAAAAAAAACCAAGGCGCGGUAUCAGGAGAUCUUUGCCACCUUCUCAUUCGUUUGUUUUUACAUUUAUGUUUUGUCUUAAGAAAAGGUACCCAACGCUUCGAUAAAUGGCGACAGUAAAACUCGUUUAUGGUGUUUUAUUGGUUCAAUUUUAUCAUUUACCGUACCAUUUAUUGGUGUACUCAUUAUUUACACAGGCAUUUCGGUACACGUUUUUCAAAGGGUACCAAUCUAACUGUCUAACUUCUAGGAGAAUGCCAGAGCCGAAUACUUUUUAGAACCCAAAUAUAAGGAAAAAGAAACCCGAAUCUAAAAGUAAAGUUCAACGGAUAGAGAUGAUAUACCACCCAUAUCACCCCCUGUAAAUAUAUACGUCACUGCAGCACUGAAUAAUAAUCGCUUCAAAAUACGAAUUGCGACUAUGUACCUACUGUUUGCACGCUAUCAAUAUAAUAAUAAUUCACGAAAACCACUUAAGAAAACUAUAUUACGUGGAUAUUAUAAAACUUUAUUGUUUAAUUUAUAGUCUUCAUGUGGACAAAAUACAAAUUUAUCACGGGGCGGUAAAAAUUGCAUGCUUACUAUCGCUUAUCAUACCGGGAUAUGACAAUCUAUAUUGCACCUAAUUAAAAAAUUACUUUAAUUUUCCAUCUAAAUUUGUUUUAUUAGGGGUUAAUAAUAAUUGUUUUAAUACGAUAUUAUUUAACACGACACGCACAAUUAUAUUAUAAUAUUACCGCGCCGAAGCAACGCCCUACGCUAUAAAUAAACGUAUAACACACGGUUAACCACGGCCUUAAAAAAUUAACGUAAUUAAUUAUAAAAAAAGAACAAACAAAACGAAUAAAUUCUAUUACGAUACGCCCGACGGCGUACGAACAGAGUUUUUACAGAGCUUUAUUUUUUUUAAGAAGUACAAUUCUUCGAAUAAUAACAACAUCAAUGUACUGACCCGUCGAACGCGCGUCUGUAUUAUUGUUUGCCUAUAUAUCUUUGGUUUCAGGGAAGGGAAUAAAGAUUGGUACCCCGAGUUUCCCGGGGAAUAUACCAGUUAUUAUUUAUGGCAAUUUUUGUUUUUUUUUUUUUCCUGUAAUUUCGUUAAUUGUAAUUUUUUCCAUAUAGUUUUUUGUCUGUAUUACAUACGUACGUGUGUAUGUAUUUUCAGCAUAUCAGUGUGUUGAUUAACAUUACAUACAAGUGUAACCAUGUAUUUUCAACAUUUAAUUUUCCGGUAUCGAAAACAAUACGAAAUUGACUGAAGCACGCACGUCUUUCCCGGGACCAAAGUAGUUUAAAAAGUACUCGUGUGUGUGUGUGUGUGUAUGUGUGUGUGUGUGUGUGUGUGUGCGCGCGCGCGCGUGUAAUUUAGAGUAAUACGUUUACAAUAUUGUGAGGUAUUUUCCAAACAAUUUAUAGAGUUGACAUUAAAACAUUAAUAUUCGUGUUUUAGUUGUGCGAAGAAGCGCAAAACUGGGCCAAUCAUUUGGCGCACACGGAGACGUUCGCCUAUCAAAACAAAAUCAAUUACGGACAAAAUUUGUUUUGCAAAAAGCGAUCGGAUCAAAAUGCCACAGCGGAAAUCGAAGGCAAAUAUUACAUUGUAAACGUUUGGUCUUUAUAACGCUCAAUAGGGUUUCGAAUAUCGUUUCAGGAAAAGACGUGGUCCGGGAAUGGUAUUCGUCUUCAAAAGCAUACAAACCGCGAAAGAAUCCAAAAAUGUACUCGGCCAACAUCAACUCGGGUAAUUAUUCUCAUGUUAUGUUGCGACGAUCGUCCAUGCAGUGCCAUAAGGAAUUUUACACUUCACUGGUGUUUCGUUCGAAAUCAUGUCCGUGUAUGAAGGCUCUGGAUCGAUACAAUUCACGGACUCGUGGCGAAAAUCCAAAUCCUCUAACCCGUACAUUGCAUUAUAAUAUGCUUUUCGUUUGAGCUGGUUUUUGUUUUUUUUAUGUUUUGGUAUUCCUUUCAAAAUAAUUUUAACGCGAUUGUAUGUUGCGUAUUUUAAAUAUACUAAGUCGAAUAGAUUUUUUUUUCUCACACGAAUUGUUACUGGCGACCGCAUACUAAUAACGAAUAUCAUUAUCGUGUAACGGAAAUGAAACGAUAAGAAAAUGUCUGUAGGGGGAAUGUUUCCUAAAGGUCGUACUACACUACUACGUCACAUUCAAUCGUUUAUUUUACAUGGUAGAUAUUUAAUAUAGUACCACAACCGCCAUCUGUUGGACUAAAAAUUGAUCGGACAAGGGCACACAACAAUUUAUUUCGGACAAUAAAUCAAGACAAAACAAUUAUAAUUUUACAAAUUAAUUGUCGAACAGUGCCACAGUUUCAAAUAAUGGUUCUAGGUAAAAAUUUCCGAAAAAAAAAAAAAAUGUCUAAAAUAUGAAAAAUAAAAUAAAAAUUUAUACGUGUAUAUCAUUUUAGUUAAUACAAUAUAUUACGUAUAAUAUAAUUUUUAAUUUUUUCGGUUAAUUAUUUUUACGAUUUUUAAAAUUUGAUUAUUUGUUGGUUUUAUUUUCCUCUGAGUCGACCAUAUGUUAUCAGUCGACCACUGAUAAUAUUUGUUUACAAUUUUAACUUUUUUGUUAAAUUUUUUUAUUUUAUACCAGAACUUUUAAUGUUUAGUUUUUUUACGAUUAUUAUUACUAUGUAAAAUUGUAAUUAAUUAGUAUAUGAAAAUUAUUUAAAUAUAUUUUAAUUUUUCCUCGGAUACUUUUACCUAGGACAUCACGAGAUAUGAGGGAGUUUCAACUUCAUAACAGCAUGAGGAUAGCGGAGACAUUUUCUGACGUAUUAGCUGCAGAGAUAUAAUACUCGACGAUUAGACAAACGAGAGCACAAAUAUAGAGCCUUAAUGUUGGAGGCGAAGUGAGCAGUGGCAUAGUGUUACCAGUAAACAUGUACCGAGUGAAGCGAGGAAUAAUUGAUGGCUAUAACUAUGUGAAUUUUGUUUUUUUUUUAUUACCAAUUACUCUAUCAGAAAUUUUGUUUCGAUUAAGUUCAGAUGUGACUUUUGAUAGAAAAUGUUGUUGGUAUAUUGGGGAAAUUUUUUUUUAUUUUUCUUGAUAAUUUGGAAAAUAUGUCGGAAAACAGGAAUAUUUACGCAAUAACGCAUUUUGUUAUUUUUAAUUUUGCUCUUUUGUUAUAAUUCUGUUAGAAUUAAUUAGAAGAGGCCAGAAAUAUCCACCGAAUAAUUUCUAGAUGUGAUGAAAAUGUCCAAAUGUAUAAGAUUAAUUUUAAUUAAAAAAAUUCACGUAAACAGACAAAUGUGUAAUUUUAGGUAUUUGUAAUUUGUUCGUUCCUCCCCCUCCACUAAGAAAUCCUGGCUAUGUCAGUGACGGCGAGUGUUUGUUUGCCGCUCGAAGGAUAAAAUCCAACAACUUAAACGAAAAUGUGUGUAUAUUACAAACAUAUAGAUCACUUUUGGUCUUUCCCGCAGGUCCUUUCACGCAGCUCGUGUGGUCCAAUACUAGAGAGUUGGGAGUCGGCAGAGCACGCAGCAGGUCGGGAAAAAUAAUCGUGGUGGCCAAUUACAGUCCCAAAGGAAACGUGAACGGACAGUACGGCAACAAUGUGCACGCAAACCAAUACGAUUUGUCAGCAAACAAGAAAAAGUCCGAGGCCGUCACGAGAUACUGA